GUGACUGGCCACUCUUACCCACAAUGCCAGUUUGUCUUGAGCUGUGGGAGGUGGUGGACUGCGCGCGCUUUGCUCUCCCUUCUUGUUACUAGUCAUCGUUGUGUGAAUGUUGUACCUCUGGGAUUACCACUUUCCUUGUUCCGUCUGCUGGGUACGAGGAACAGCAGCGCUGGUGGUGAUAGCGCGAACAUAGUAGUGGUGUCUAGUGGCGGGAGCGACAUACUCACCCUGCCCGUCUCCACCCUCCUCGAUCCAUUCCCCCUUACCCCGCUCACACCUGCUCCGUCCGCUCUUCUCCCCUUCCACCAGCCAUGAAGGAUCUAGACACUGCCGGCGCCCCCAUGAUAUCUGUCCCCGCGGGGGUUUUGAAGGAGUUUAUGUCACCAGCUAACUCCAGAACACCGACUCCACCUCCGCCGGCCUCAUCAUCCACCAACGUCACCACUACAACAGACACCACAGUCCUCUCCCCUGCCCAGUCACCGUCCCUGGCCACCAGCAUCACCAAUGGGCCUGGCACACCAAAUAGCACCAACACUAAUAAUGGUAUUGUGAAGAGCAGAACACCCACCCCCACGCCCACCUCCAGAACAGCAUCUCCAGUUUUAACGCUGCCCAUAUCGAAAAAUUCGAUCACUUUAAGGUCAGCGACUGCCCCCAUUCACAUUAACGGAAAGAUGGAAGUGAAGGACGAGGAGGAGGAAGAGGACAAAGAUGAAAAGAAUAAUAUUACGAUGAAAAAAGAGGAAGUUGAGGAAAGCAUGGAUUCGACUGAGGUCAAAAGCGAGACGUCAAGUCCAAUGGUGAAUGGUACAGCGUCUCCACAACCACCUUCAUCCGUGUCAUCCACCGCCUCCGCUUCCUCGCCAUCUCCAGCCCAAGUUACAGUUGGGGUGAAGAGGCCCAGUGAAGACGAGGACAACAAACCAGACCUUAAGAAGGUUCGCGUGGUCUCCUCUCACAAUAAGCACGGAUUUAAGAAUCGGAACAUCACAGUCAAGGAAGUGAAUAAGGCACUUGACCUUGAGUCCAAGAAGAUCCAGGAGGCCAAUAAGUGGAACAACCAGAGCCUUGUGACUCUGAGCCGCAUCAAAAAUGGUAUUGCAGUGCUCAAUGGGGAGAAACCUGCCAGCACAGACUCUCCCUCCCAUUCCCCUUCUUCUACCCCUUCCCCCUUGUCUGCUGUAGUUCAGGAAGGGGAGGAUACGGCAAAUCCCAACCCUCCGGAGCAGACUCCCGUCCCAAUCCAGGAACAAGAUUCAGCAGACAAGGAGAAUCAAAAGUCCACUCGUGGCAAGGAGACGAAGCUUACCAAAAAUGGAUUGAAAGAUGCCAUUCUGCGAGUUUUCAGUGACAACACUCUCUAUGGUUCCGAACUGGGCAACCUCAAACAGAUGUGUGAGAAGCUCACCUCCACCCUAGAGAGCAACAUGAGGAAGGUGGCACAGUUCCACAAGGAGAUUGAGGACCUUCGUAAGGUGACAACUCGGUUGGCAGCAGAGCACCAGGCAAGGAAAGGGCAGUAUGUUGCCCCUAUCAGGAUCAAGAGGUCUGUGGGCAUCCAGGCAGCUCCCCACAUUAUCAACAAGGGCAUCAUGCAUGCUAGUGUGAGUGGUGGCAACAUCAAAACCAUCGCUCCUCGCACUUCCAAUAUGGUUGGAGUGUUACCAUCUUCAGUGGGGCAAAACCUUGUUCCGGGGAGCACACUGGGCAUCAUCACCACUUCGGCAGGCAUUGCAAAACCAGGGACUCUGACAGGGAUCCCUACAGGUACUCCAGUGCUUCCUGGGGGUACUCCAGCCAAUCUUGGCACUGCUGUGAGGGCACCUAAUGGCCAGAUCAUGAUGAUGGCACCAGCAGCCACCAUGCAGCCUCUUGCCAGACCUCCUGGGGUAAAUGCCACCACAGCCGUACUUCCAGUGGCACAGGGGCGGGUGGUACGGGCUCCCCUAGGAAACCUGGCAUCAGUGGCGCCCCAGGCAGGCCCUCUGAUUGGCACCCAGCGGCCCAUCCUCAUCCAGAAUGAUAAGGGUGCUGCUGCUGCCCCCACCUUACAAACAACACUGCCAGCAGGGAGAAGUGGAGGAGUGAUAGACUUAACUGAUGAGGAUGAGGGAGCCAAGGGAGUUGUUAACCGGAAUAGCUUAGUGCCAAAACCAGGUGCAUUGGUUAAGGUGCCAACGACCGCCACAGCACAGCUUGUUCCUCUACAGGCGGGAGGUGUUGGACAGGUGGUGCUGCUGCCAAACACCUCUGGAGGCCAGCCCACUACUGCUCUUAUUGUCAGCCAAGUGUCCACCGGACAGUCCCUGGAGAGUAUUGGCAACCCAGCAGUGGCGCAGGCACGCAUGAGCACCGUCGUCAACCACACAUCCAGCACAGCCCGAGUCCAGGGCACCACACCACCAGCCACAGUCAGAUCCACCCCCACUACCCCCUCACCCACCACUACAAUACCAAGCACUCCGAUGAGACAUCCUGCACCCUUACCCAAGACUCCUUUCCAGCAAGUGGGAGGGAUAUCCAAGAAGUUGCCACCUCAGCCCACACUCAAACUGUCUCACAAAGACAGCAGCAUUGUUCUCUCCUGGACGAUGGCCAAAACAGAGGACCAUGAGACUAUUGCUUCCUACCAGUUGUACGCUUACCAGGAAGGGGCUGCUCCACCAAGUGCUAAUUUGUGGAAGAAGGUGGGCAGUGUCAAAGCCCUGGAGUUGCCCAUGGCCUGUACACUAACUCAGUUCAUGCCUGGACAUGUUUACCACUUUGCUGUGCGUGCUGUCGAUACCAAGAGCCGGCUGGGGCCUUUUUCUGAACCCAGGAGCAUAAGGCUGGACAAAAAGUGAUCCUCAUCACAACCUCAUAAUGCCACCCUCACACCUCAUAAAGCCACUUCCACCUCCAUUCCAUUACUUGAGCCUCCUCUAAGCUCCAGUGUCACCCCAUUACCUGGCUCUUGAGUUUCCCAGUGACUGAUUGUCUGGCUUGUGCUGAGGCAAGAGGUGGCAUGCUGGUGUUAGUCUCAGUUGUAUUGAACUGAGUGAAUUUCCAGGUCAUCUCUGCUACUGUUAAACAUUAUGCUACUUGUGUGUAUUCAUGUUCAUGCACACAAACCAUCACACAUUGGCAGUUCAACAGAAGAGGUGACAAGAUACUCAGGUCAGCAUUGUAGUAGUAUUUAUUGUUGGUGCUCUCUCAGGCUGAUGGCUUGGGUGAGUGUUUACUUCAUGUCUUGUGUUCAUGUUUUUCAUAUCAAUUUUUCUCAUGGCCCCAGGUCUGAUGAGGAAACCCUCAGUAUGCAUUGGCUGCAGUAUUUUAGGAGCAGGUUCUUGGGUGUUUCUUCGCAGGUGGGCUUUAUCAUCAUCACCUUCAUCUCUAUCAUCAUCACUACCAUCAUCAUUGCCAUCAUCAGCCCACAUUGGGGUCUUGUGGAUGGUUGCAGUAUUAACAUCUAUUUUUCCUUCAUGCAAAAGAGGAUGAAAUUCUGUGGAUUUUUUUUUUUACACUCUCAGUUGAGUGAGGAAAGUCUACAUUUGCAUGCUUUUAUCAAAUAUUACUUAGUGAAGUGGCAAAGUCACAGUGUUAGGACUACUAGUAUCUUAAUUUUUUGUAAAAAGAAAGGAGUAUGUGUUAGAUGUCUGUAAACACACAAUGCUCAUAUAAAGCCACAUUUAAUUACCUGAAAAUGUGGUGACUGUAAAACAGAAAUAUUGUACCUCCACUGCCUCAUUUGUAUCUCACAGUUGUCUUGCCAGAUGUGAGAUAUGUGGUAACUGCCAUUCAUUUUGUUUGGUUUGUAUGGGUAUGGAGGAUGGCAGCGAGAGCUGUGCUGUACUGCCUCAUCGCCCACUCAUGUUGUGUGCUGCAUUCAUCCAAAGUUUUUAGCCAGACACUAAAAACAUUUAUCCCUAAUUUAAAUAUGUUUAUGGAUAGGUUUUGCAUCAGAAUUUUCAGAUUCAAAUACAACAAUGAACUGAUUUAUAAUUUUUUAUGGGUGGAUGUCAUGCCUCAGCUGCAAGAGGGUGGUUGGUAGGUGACAGUCCUACAUGCACAGCAAAUGGGAGAUGUUGCUACCUCCACCCAUGGAAGAUGGAGUGUGAAUGUUUUUUGGAAGAUGGAGUAUGAAUGUUUUUUUCUAUGAUGUACAUUCAAAAGUGAUGUCAUUUAUUUAAUAAACAUUAAUGUUAA